CACUUCGCAACCUCGAUUGUGUGCUUGUUGUGCAUUUGUGGCGAUAAUUUUUCCUGCAAAAGGCCUGUUUUACAUGAAUCCUGACAAGAGGAAAGUGAUAGUCUCAGUUAUUGCUAUCCCGAAUUGAGUUUUAUUCUAGAGCCAUGGUCGAUAACAACGACAUAAAAGGCAACUUUGACAACACCGAUUUUCCAGUAACUAACAGCCAGUUUCAGCCUAUUGACACGGAGGAACUGAUGAACGUUGUUCAAACAAUGGAUAGCCAGGACGUCAUCAAUUGUUUUCAGGGCGUCCAAGAUGAUUUUGGGAGCAGCCAAGUGACGGUCUCCCAGGAGUUCGGGCAGUACUUGCUGGCGUCUGAAGCUGAAGUGUUUAACGUGGAUCAGAAGCCAGAGCCUGAGCACUGGAACCAAUUUCCCACUCUUAACGAGAUGCCCGGCGAUGCGAAUUUCUCAGUUGGAAUUCCGGCAGUGAUGAAUAAUUCCAAUUGGAAUUAUUCUGAUAGUCUGAAGAAGAUUUUUAUAAAGAUCAAUACGCUGCUGAACCUCGACAUCUCAUACAAUAGGAAGAGAUGCAAUGGAACUAUGUUCCUCCGCGCUAUGAUUGUCUAUCCAGACUUUCAUUAUAUGCCAGUGGUUAUUUGCAAUAAUCACAAGGAUAUGCAGAAGCAGAACGGACACAACAUAAUACGCUGUCCGCAUGCAAAUGUGAACUACGUGGGACACGAAAAGGGCGCGAACUUCAAGGAGCGUCUCGCGCUCAUCUUCCCACUCGGCACGAGCGUGGUGAAGAGCGAGAAUGAUGACUACGUGAAGUCGUCAGUGACGCUGGAGUUCGCGUGCCAGAACUCGUGUCCAACGGGAAUCAAUCGCAAGACAACGGUGCUAUCGCUCACGCUGGAGGAUGAGAACGGAUUCAUGUAUGGGCAGCGGCUCAUAAACUUCAAAGUGUGCACUGUGCCGAAGCGUGACUGUCAAAACGAGGAGCAACCGCCGAAGAAGCGCAAGUCGGCGGGGAGUGGGCAGCCCUCGAAUGGCAAGAGACCAUGCUAUUCUGUGGUCAGCAAGGUUGUGAAGGAGGAGGACACCGGCAGUUCUGGCAGCCAGUGCGAGAGAGUCUCCAGCAGCGAGUCCCUCACGGGAGUCUCCUGCAAGAUCACCAUGCCGGACUUGGAUUCGAUGCAUGAUGUUCUUACAUAUGCCCACGACAGACUGGCCGGGAAGAUUCUCAACAACCCGGAGAAGAGUCAUAGCUAUGGGAAGCACAUCAAGGCUGUGAAGAAGCUGCAGCAAUCUCUUCCCAGUAGCAGCGCGAAGGAGUAAAUUACUAUAGUACUGCCAUUUUUUAUAUGUAUCUUUCGAGGGUGCUGCUUUGAGGUUUUCUUUUUUAAUACUAUUUAUAUAAUUACAAUAAGUGCAUCCAGAAUCCGUAUAAAGUAUUGCAAACACAUACUUCUAUAGUGGAAUUGUCAUAAGUAUUGCUACAGAUAGACCAGAGAUUUAAGGAAUGAGCAAGAUGUGAAUGGGAAUGAAUUGGAAUGAAGAUUUAUUCUACAUUGUAGUAUUUGUAAGAACUAUAGUUUCUGAUCAGGUCCUCAGGCAGCAUCCGGAAUGCGACGAGCUGUGGUUACGCAAUUUUUUUUUUAUAAUUACAAAACAAAACUACUUACUUCAUUAUACAUUAUUAGUACAGUGAUCUACGGAUAAGAUAAGAUGUUAGAAAUUAA